GCGAGGGAGAGGAUCGAGAGUAAGAGUUAGAGAGAGGGAGUAAGUGAAGAAGAGAGAGUGAGAGAGAGAGAGAGAGAGAGAGAGAGAGAGAGAGAGAGAGAGAGAGAGAGAGAGAGAAAGAAAGAAAGAGAGAAAGAAAGAAAGAAAGAGAGAGAGAGAGAGAGAGAGAGAGAGAGAGAGAGAGAGAGAGAGAGAGAGAGAGAGAGAGAGAGAGGGAACAUGGAAACAUAGUGAGAGAGCCAGUCACCGACGUCACUUUUGGCCUCCUCCUCGGUGUGUUUGUGGUGUGUGGCUUGGUCCUGCUGACUCUUUGUGCCUUCGCCUCCUGGAAGCUGUGCUGGGUGCCUUAUUUGCGGAAUAAAGAGGCAGCAGCCCUCUCCUCCAACUCUGCAGCCCUCACUCCAGCCUGUGGUCCCCCAGACGACUGCCCUCCCUUCCACCUCCACCUUCACCCUCCUCACCCCCUCCACCACAACCAGCACAAGUACCUCCCCAGCCCCAACCAACAAAAGUCACCGGUUACCAUGGCAACGGAUAAGGUGAAAGACCCGAUGGGUUCCAUGGGAUUCCUAGAGGCUGCUGUGAAGAUAAGCCACACAUCGCCUGACAUCCCCGCCGAGGUGCAGCUCUCAAUGAGGGAGCACUUUUUGAGGCGCACGCAACGCAUGCAGAGGCAAGCCACUGAGCCCGCUUCUUCCACCAGACACAGCUCAUUCAAAAGGCACCUGCCCAAGCAGAUGCAGUCCAUCAGCCUGGACCUGGGCAAUGACUAUGCGGAUGAGGAUGAGCAGCCCACCAGCAUCGGACGCAUCAAACCAGAACUCUACAGACAGAAGACCUUGGAUAUAGACGAGUCCGCCAAGAACAGCAACGCCAAGAACUGUGGGAAGAUCAACUUCUCCCUGAAGUACGACUAUGACAAUGAGGCCCUCCUGGUCAACAUCCUCAAGGCCUUCGACCUGCCCGCCAAGGACCUGUGCGGCAGUUCCGACCCCUACGUCAAAAUCUAUCUUCUCCCAGAUCGCAAGAAGUUCCAGACGCGCGUCCACCGGAAGACGCUCAACCCCACGUUCGAGGAGUCCUUCCAGUUCCCCGUGCCUUAUGAUGAGCUGGCUGUUAGGAAGCUCCACAUGAGUGUGUUUGACUUUGACAGGUUCUCCAGACAUGAUAUGAUCGGGGAGGUGGUGGUGGAUAACCUUGUUGAGACGUCAGACCUCUCCAGGGAGACAGACAUUUGGAGGGACAUUCAGUACGCCACAACUGAGAGUGUAGACUUGGGAGAGAUCAUGUUCUCACUAUGCUACCUGCCAACCGCAGGACGACUCACUCUCACCGUCAUCAAGUGCAGGAACCUCAAGGCCAUGGAUAUCACUGGAUACUCAGAUCCCUACGUCAAAGUGUCCCUCAUCUGUGACGGGAGGCGUUUGAAAAAGAAGAAGACGACCAUCAAGAAGAACACUCUGAACCCCACGUACAACGAGGCCAUCAUCUUCGACAUCCCCCCAGACAGCAUGGACCACGUCAGCUUGCACAUCUCAGUCAUGGACUAUGACUUGGUAGGUCACAAUGAGAUCAUUGGUGUGAACCGUGUGGGGUGCAGUGCUGAGGGGCUCGGCAAGGGCCACUGGAACGAGAUGCUGGCGUACCCACGCAAGCCCAUUGCACACUGGCACCCCCUACUGGAGGCCAAGAAAUCAGAGACAGAGUGGAAAACGCGGACGGCCAGUUUAGACAGCCAGGGCUCUUGCCCCUCCCCCAGGCCUCCUUCUAGCCCCUGAGCAGAACCACCUGUGACCCUAGUGAAAUGGUCUCCUCUCUCUCCUACUAAUCCUACAUCCUGUCUGGUCUGUCUGCCUGUGCCUGAGGAGAAACAUAACCCCACUCAGUCUCUUUCUCAUUCUUCACUCUCCCUCAAGUGUAGCAGCAAAGUGAUCCCGUUCCCAAGAACUGAUCCUGGAUCAGCAUCGCUGUCAGUUGUUUGUGAUGUAACAAUGCUUUUUUUGAAUCAACAUGAAGUGUUGAACUUAGGUUUACUGAUCUGGAGUCAAUCCCAGUACUUGGGGUGCUUUGGAUUAGUUUUAUCCUGAGCUUCUCAUCAAGUGAGUCCCCAAAGGGAGAGCUUGUUGUCUGAGUGGAACAACAGACUGCCGGUUCCGAGUGUAUCUAUCUAUGGGUUGAGUCCAAAUGAAUGUGAUCACAGCUCUCUCACAGGGACUUGGUCCAACACACGGAAGUUUCUGCUCAACACACAGAGAGAGAGAGAGAGAGAGAGAGAGAGAGAGAGAGAGAGAGAGAGAGAGAGAGAGAGAGAGAGAGAGAGAGAGAGAGAGAGAGAGAGAGAGAGAGAGAGAGAGAGAGAGAGAAUAAGGGAAACAUAGUGAGAGAGCAGUGGUCAUUACAAGCUGUCACUUUAUAUUGGAUCAGUUGGUCAAAAUAUGUUGCUUUCCUUAAGAUAGGAAAUUAAAGACUGGAUUGACCUAAGGAAUAUCUAAAGCCGUCUGCCCUUACUAUCUAUCUACUGAUAUUGUGUGGAAGUAACAAAAACACUAAGGCACAAACAAAUGUGUAGUUAUUUUAACCAAGCCAAAGAAGGCAAAAAAAUACAUAUUUCACAAUAGUACCUAUGUUGAAUAUUUUCUCAAUGUCAACCAUUACAUGUUCAGGAGUAAUGAGCAGAAGUUAAAGGGAUGAUUUUGACCUGUUAAAUAGUGUUCAUCACGUUUAUAGAGAGUCAUAAAGAAAACAAUAUGUGCAACACAUCAUAUAAGCACAUUGCAACACCAUUGGUGCAUAGCCUGCUGAGAGAGUCUUUCUAUGGAACAAAAAAUGGUUAAAAAGCACACAGACUCCGAACCACCCUUACCUCUCCCUCCUGUUUCUUUCCUUGUUAGUCUUGGUGCUCUUGCCUAUUCCAUCGGAGAGUGUAUUCUCAUUACUCCUCUGCUCCCAUAGGUUUUCUCUCUCAGCCGAACGUAUUGCACAUCUUCAGCACCUUCUUAUUGUAUUCUGUUCCCUGGGGUUGGUUUGAACUGUACAGCACAGUCCUCUUUCUGCUAAUGUAAAGUUUGUAUUUCCCACCAGAAUACAAAGUAGAUAUACAUUGGCUUGCGAAAGUAUUCACCCCCCUUGGCAUUUUUCCUAUUUUGUUGCCUUGCAACCUGGAAUUAAAAUGGAUUUUUGUGCGGUUUGUGUCGUUUGAUUUACACAACAUGACUACCACUUUGAAGAUGCAAAAUAUUUUUUAUUGUGAAACAAACAAGAAAUAAGAGAAAAAAAAACAUAAAACUUGAGCGUGCAUAACUAUUCACCCCACUAAAGUCAGUACUUUAUAGAGCCACCUUUUGCAGCACUUACAGCUGCAAGUCUCUUGGGGUAUGUCUCUAUAAGCUUGGCACAUCUAGCCACUGGGAUUUUUGCCCAUUCUUCAAGGCAAAACUGCUCCAGCUCCUUCCAGUUGGAUGGGUUCCGCUUGUGUACAGCAAUCUUUAAGUCAUUAUCUUUGGUCUCUUUGGUGCUUCUCUGAUUAAUGCCUGGUCUGUGAGUUUUUGGUGGGUGGCCAGCUCUUGGCAGGUUUGUUAUGGUGCCAUAUUCUUUCCAUUUUUUAAUAAUGGAUUUAAUGGUUCUCCGUGGGAUUUUCAAAGUUUAUGCUAUUUUUUUAUUACUCAACCCUGAUCUGUACUUCUCCACAACUUUGUCCCUGACCUGUUUGAAGAGCUCCUUGGUCUUCAUGGUGUUGCUUGCUUGGUGGUGCCCUUGCUUAGUGGUGUUGCAGACUCUGGGGCCUUUCAGAACAGGUGUAUAUAUGAGAUCUUUGGAUCUUUGAGAUCAUGUGACAGAUCAUUAGACAUUUAGAUUGCACAAAGGUGGACUUUAUUUAAGUAAUUAUGUGACUUCUGAAGGUAAUUGGUUGCACCAGAUCUUAUUUAGUGGCGUCAUAGCAAAGGGGUGAAUACAUGUUCACACACCACUUUUUACAUUUUUUAUUUUUUAGAAUUUUUAGAAACAAGUAAUUUUUUCAUUUCACUUCACCAAUUUGGACUAUUUUGUGUAUAUCCAUUACAUGGAAUCCAAAUAAAAAUCUAUUUAAAUUACAGGUUGUAAUGCAACAAAAUAGGAAAAUUGCCAAGGGGAUGAAUACUUCUGCAAGGCACUGUAAAUGUAGUAUUGUUGUGUUGUGGGAGAUUUCCUUAUCCUUAAGUGUUCAGAACUCUCCUCCAAAAGAGGAGAACAUCACCCUCGGGGCACCAAUAAUCAACUAUUCAUUUUCUAUCAUGAGGCACCAUGGAAACUUGUGGUUUGUAAUGAUCUGACUUUGAAUCUGCCCAUCAUACAAGGACCAGUUUAUUGGAUAUCGUUGAGGAACUUGAUCUGAAUCCAAACAAAUGAUUUGCAUUAUUGAACCCUUUUUUCAAUGCUUCGACAAAAUCACAUUCGUCUGCCUUUACAUGUAGGCAGUCAUGUAUGUAGCUACUUCUAUUGUAUGCCAUACAUGUGUACUAUUGGAUCUAAUGGAUGGAUAUAUACAAAGGUUAAAGGAAUCCUGAUUUGAUUAAGACGGCUAUGUAAUAUUUAUAUUUCUUUCUACAUUGUGGUACUAUGAUGAGUGCAGUACAACCUAAUAUUUGAUGUCCUCUCAAUAGCCAAAUACAGUAUGUAUUAAACAGACAAAAGAAAUCAAACUGAUUGGUGUAUAGUUUUUUGGUGCCAAAUGUGCUUGUAGCAAAGGUAGACUAUAAUUUGCUCUGUGACAAAAAUAAGGAAAGUAAUGUCAAUCAUCAAAAUUAAUAUUUUCUUUCCAGUGAGACUGAUUAUUUUCUGUGCUAGGUAGUAAACAUAUUGUUUCAAUUAUUAGAACAAAUACAUCAUGGAUUACCAAUGUUUUUUUAAUAAUAAAUGUGCAACUGAAAGUAGGCUAUCAUUUGAGAGAGGUAUUUUAGUAAUAUCUUCAAUUUGAUUAGAAGGAUUCUUGUUUAUCCCAGUUGGGUUAUUUAAGACGAAACACAAAUCAGGAAUCUUUAUCAAUGUUGUUUUAUGUUGACCGUGAUAGUGUUUUGAUUUGACAUUGGCAAGCACAUGUUUGAAAGCAGGUCUGCCUAUAAUGUGGGUAUCAGGAAAUGGGUGUUGUUUGUAGUACAUGAGGAGCAUUUCUGAGUCGCAUUCUUCUCUACGUUUAUCCCUUGACUGCUCUAAACUGAAGCUUCUUUCUCCAUGCAUUCUGUCUACAGAACUUUGGCACUGAUCGUAUGGUAGUAGUUGUUUGUGAAUCAAAGAAGUAAUUGUAACUCAAUGACAGUAAAAAUCUAAAAUGGUCAUGACAAGGUGGCUUCUGCCUGACCACAGCUGCAGAGCAGAAGCAUGUUUUAAGAUGGUAUAAAUCAAACAGAGAUGAUCUGGAAGAACCAUGGGAAAAGUGAACAAGGAAAAUGGUUAAAGUGAAUGAACUAAAUAGACACACAAUAGAACACUGUUUUAGCUAUUCCUCCUAGAGAGAGCAGGAGUUAACCUUGUUUACUUUGUCUACACUGUCUAAGAGACAGACAGACAGACAGACAGACAGACAGACAGACAGACAGACAGACAGACAGACAGACAGACAGACAGACAGACAGACAGACAGACAGACAGACAGACAGACAGACAGACAGACAGACAGACAGUGUGGGGGAAACUAGCCAAUAGAUAGUCAAAGGCCGAUGUCUUGCAGUGAGUCAGUGACAUUUCUCUAAUUGGCAGUUGGUGAGACGCAAUUCAAUGAGUCACUUGUUGGAUUCCCUCACACCACUAUUGUUUCUUUCUGCACAAUGUGAUUCAUUGGGUUUCCUCACAUAGUAUGUAUAGUUACAGUACUGGUUACAAUCCUGCUAUGAUUCCUGCUGCCAUUACUGGCAGACUCCUGAUAUCUGAUUCACUACAGUUUGUUGGAUUGUUGGAUUCCCUCACACCACUAAAAUCAAACAAAAAAUGUUUUUUCACGUGCCAAAUACAACAGUGAAAUGCUUACUUACAAGACCUUAACCAACAAUGCAGUUUUAAGAAAAAUACCUUAAAAAAUGAAAUAAAGUAAGAGAUAAUUAAACAGCAGCAGUAAAAUAACAAUAGUGAGGCUUUAGACAGGAGGCACCCACACAUUGCAUUACUGUUUUUUUUCUUCUUUUUUUCUGCUCAGUGUGACUCUUCAGUUGUUCUCACAUACAGUAUAUAGGUAUACACUUGCUGGUUACAUUCCUGAUUAGAUUCAUGACAUUUGUGUAUCGAUAUCUGAUUCCCAAGUUUGUUUCUAUUUGACAAAAAAUGGUUGAAAUAACUGACUGUAGAUUUAGUUCAUCCCCUGUUUCAGUAACGUGCUUUUAAUAAUGAUGAUGAUCUUAUGUUCUGAUAAUAUAGCCUAGUGUGUUUGUUUCCUUAGUAGGUAUCAUACUAAAUCUAUUUAGCCUCAGUUUAUGGACUGUUAAAGACCUUAUAGCUUUGGCUAUUAUUAUUAUCGUUAUGUUCCUCAAUAUGAUGUUGUAUCCCUUCCAUUCCUCAUGGAUAGCUCUGACUUUUUGUAUUGAAGAUUUGUACUUGCAAUAUAACUGUUUGACAACUGUUCUUGUAAUUGAAGCCAAAUGUUGUUAGUUCAGAUAAGGGUUUUAUUUUUGGUUGCUUUUAAAUCCUGAAUCGUUAUGACUCAUAAUAUGAGGUCCAAUGUGUAAUAAACUGAUCAAAAAACUAUAAUUGUAUCUGUUGUUAUAUAUGUACAUAUAACAUUUAAUUCAUGAGCAGUAUUGCAGCAACAGAAGGCAUGUUUUGAGUUAUGGUGGUGCAAAGUUGGGUUCAAAACAUGGAGUACUAUUUCUCAUUUUAAGAUUUCACCUAAGAUUGAACUUUUUUGUGAAAUAAUUGUAUUCUUUGUGCAGAUGAACAAUUUCACAACUACGUAUCUCAAAAUGUACAACAAAGGGACCAAGCAGCAGGAAAGACAAAAUAGUUUAACUAUAAAAUGUAAACACAACAUGUAAAGUGUUGGUCCCAUGUUUCAUGAGGCUGAAAUAAAAGAUCCCAGAAAUGUUUCAUACGCACAAAAAUCUUAUUUCUCAAAAAUGUUGUGCACAAAUUUGUUUGAAUCCCUGUUAGUGAGCAUUUCUCCUUUGCCAAGAUAAUCCAUCCACCUGAGAGGUGUGGCAUAUCAAGAAGCUGAUUAAACAGCAUGAUCAUUACACACAACACAAUGCCACAGAUGUCUCAAGUUUUGAGGGAGCGUGCAAUUGGCAUGCUGAUUGCAGGAAUGUCCACCAGAGCAGUUGCCAAAAAAUAGAAUGUUAAUUUCUCUGCCAUAAGCCGCCUCUAACGUUGUUUUAGAGAAUGUGGUAGUACGUCCAACUGGCCUCACAACCCCAGACCCUGUGUAACCACGCCAACCCAGGACCUCCACAUCCGGCUUCUU